UAUUGGAUUUCACGUCUAUCACUUGAUCGCCGUGGCUGAUGAAAACAGAUAAUUUCACGUUGACAUGCCUUACGCAAACCAACCCAGUGUAAAAAUUCUGGAGCUUACAGAAGAAAACGUGAAGUUUGUGAUCGAAAAUACAGACUUAAGCAUGGCUAAUGGCCUACGAAGGAUAUUUAUUGCUGAAACUCCAACUAUAGCCAUAGACUGGGUACAAAUUGACAACAACACUUCCGUAUUACACGAUGAGUUUAUUGCCCACAGAUUAGGUCUUAUUCCAUUGACCAGUGAUGAAAGUGUGGAUAGAUUGUGCUACUCCAGAGAUUGCACAUGUGAGGAGUUCUGUCCAGAUUGUUCUGUUGAACUGAAACUAGAAGUAAAAUGCACAGAUGAUCAAACACGACAUGUGACAACCAGAGACCUUGCAUCUUCAGAUCCAAAAGUUAUUCCAGUCACAUCACGGCACCAUGAAGAUGAAAACAGUGACUAUGGUGAACAGGAUGACAUUUUGAUUGUUAAGCUACGUAAAGGACAGGAGCUCAAGUUGCGAGCUUUUGCCAAAAAGGGAUUUGCAAAGGAACAUGCCAAAUGGAACCCCACAGCAGGUGUGGCAUUUGAGUAUGACCCUGACAAUGCCCUAAGACAUACAACGUAUCCAAGACCGGAGGAAUGGCCAAAGAGUGAAUACACAGAACUGGAUGAAGAUAGCCAUCAAGCACCAUUUGAUCCAAAUGCUAAAGCAGACAGAUUUUAUAUAAAUGUUGAGUCCUGUGGUUCAUUAAGACCUGAGACUAUCGUGUUGAGUGGGCUGUCUGUGCUCAAGAAAAAGCUGAGUGAUCUCCAGACUCAACACAGCCAUGAAGUAGCUGCUGAUGUCUUAACCAUAUAAGGACUGACACCCAGUGCAAUGUUGCUGUAGUUAUUUAUUUUAUAAUAGAAAACUCAUUUUGUAAUGAAAAGAUUUGAUAGCCACUUGAAGUAAUGUGUUCUUAUCAACAGAAACAACCAUGUUUCACUAAAAUUUUUCAGAGGUUUAAUUCAGCGGAAUGGUGAUUUUUGUGUUCUUUGCAUCUUAAGAUAACGGAUAUUUCUCCAGGCCAAACCACUCCUGUUCACUCGUAAAUUGAGUGUUUGCUUCCCCCUCGCGCGUGAAAAAUUAAAAAAUUGAUACUCGUAUAUGGAAAUUAAUGGGAAAUCUUCGUUUCAAUCAUUAGUUUUGGGGUCUAUGCUUUUCUUGGGUAAGCUGCAAAUGAGAAAUCAUAGUGCUUUGAUAUAUUGAUAAAGACGGUGCUUUUUCUCCCUCAUGCUUGUGUGUUUCUAUCACCAUGGUUUUUAGCCAUGGUUGACAGAGUUAGCUGUAAUCCUGUGUGAAAAAGGAGGGCCUUUUGAUUUUUAAUUGUCACAUUUGAAUUAGAAAAUCUUGGUGAAAUUUAGUCCUGCGAUAUCAUGACGGCAAAUAACUCUCAGAUCGCGCUGAAAUUGCAGCUAACUUGCACUGCUUAAGAGAAAAUAAAAUUCUGCCCCAGACCUCCA